AAUUCUAUCUUGUAACAGUAAACAGUAUAGUUAUAGUACACUGCCUAAAACUAAGCUUUUGGCCUGUAAUCUCACAGAAAAGUACAUUAAUGAUGGCUACUGGCGGAGUUGGAAUAUCAGACACUUAUAGACAAAGUGGAAAUCCAAAACACAAAGCCCUCAAGAAGUCACAUAUCAUUCUUGUGAGUUGUAUAAAACAAUCGCCACAAACUAUUGUUGGGAGACUGAUUCAACUCGAUGUACUCUCGAGAGAUAAUAGAACCGAACUUACAGAUAUGAACGACAGAACCGCUAAAGCCACAAAGAUUGUGGACAUUAUAACAGACAGAGUAGAACAAGAGCCUUCUUUCUUUAAUACAUUUAUCAGUGAGGUAAUGGAGAAGGAACCAUGGAUGGAACGGUGCUUAGAAAAAGUGAAUAAAAACUUUGAAUAUGCCCGAGCAAAAAGCAGUCACAACUCCAACGAUAACUCUGAUAUAGAAUCUGAAAGCUCAAGUUAUGUCUCUGCUGUUUCAACACAACCUGUUGGCCUGUACAAACACUUAAAUGAAGCAGAAUCUGAUCAAACAGUUAUUAUUACGAAAUUUAGUGAGGUCCACUUGGAAAACAUGACUAUUGAUAUACAGCGAAAGUUUGUUUCUCUGGAAACGCGCGUAGCUGAUGCCUUGGAAAAGAAUGGGGUCACCUCUCGUAGCCUCAUAUUCUAUUUGAAAGGUUUAGAGGCUGUUAAGUCUGAUAAAAUUAAAGUGAAAAGAGCAUGCCUAUAUUUUGAUGAAAACUUUAUCAGAAACGUAAAAAGAAAAUGUUUAGAUGUGUAUGAUGUUUUCGAAAUGAUCAGAGAUUAUUAUUCUUGGGUUAAUUAUGGACUUCUUGAAGAUAUUAUAGAUACUUUCUUGUGUGAGAAUGAUGCGAUACAGAAAAAACUACGAAAAUAUGAAGAUCAAUACAAGAAAUAUUGCGAAAAUAGAGUUUGUGAUAUCCCAAGAAAUGGAUUCAUGCGACUUAGUAAACGACGUAAAGGUAUUGAAAAAGUUUUCAAGAUAGACUACAAGUGGGAUGAAAUAAGAAUGGAUAGGAUAGAAACAAUCCGAGACAGAAUCAACACAGUUUUAAAUUUUAAUUCUCAUACACUCGGUCUCAAAGUGUUACGAAAUGGAUGUGUAGAAGUCACGUUUGAAAUCCCCGAGCAUGUUGCAGAUGCGGUGUUUCCAUUGACAGAAGACCAGGUCCAAAUACUCAAGCAACAUUCUAUUAAAUUCCUUGAAACCAGGCCUGGAUACAAAACAAGCACUAAUUUGACUCCUAUAAAUCAAGAUUAUAAGCAUGAAGCUGUAACAAAUUGGCUUGCACAAUAUUUUCAAAGAAUGGGAAUCAACGACGUUGAGGAUGACUCAGAUUCCAUCUCUGAGAUGAAAACGGUUAUUGAAUUCAAAGCCCCUAAGCGUCAAUCAGACCACAAACAGCCUGAUACACUAAACUGGAAAAUAGUAGCAUUUGGUCAACAAAACGCAAAUAAAUCUAGUAUCAUAAAUGGGAUACUUGGUCAAAAACUAAUCAGCUAUCCAGCUGCUCAAGAUUAUUUUAAGAAAGAAAUUAACGGAGUUAAAGUUGAAGUUUGGGAUAUCGAUAGUUCUAUCAGUAUCAAGCACUAUGAAACGGUACGCAAUGCAGACACCAUAAUCUGUUUUCUGUCCAUGGUAACUACAAUGGAAGACCAUACGCAAACAAUAAAAACUCUAUCAAGGCAAUUUGGUCAGAGCUUUUGGGAGAGGUGCGUUAUUGUAUUGUACGAUUCAUAUAUACUUCAGGAACAAAAAUCCACCCAAAAAAAUAAUUCAGAAGCUUUUGAAAAAGAAAUGAUGAAGUACAGUUUGUGCAUUAGGAAAGCCCUUCUUAGCUUCAACAUCACAAUGGAAGUGACCGAGAGAAUUCAAAUAGUCCCGAGUGGCAAACUUGGCUGUCGGGACUGGUUUUCUAACAUAUGCUGGCAAGUACUAAGAGUUAGCUCAUCACAAAAGCAAAUCGCUGAAAUUUUUAAGCCAAGGAUAAAGAUGAAGACACUUGGAAAGUCUGAUAAAUGUGCAGGUGAGCUGUACUCCCAAUCCAUUUAUAUAUCCAUUGCAAAACUAAAAACAUACAAUCAAGGUCUGAGAAAGCACAGUAGCGAUUUCAGUGUGUAUCUUGCGGUGAUAACAGCUUUAAUUUUUACUAUUUGUGGUUUUGCUGCUGCCGUAUUUGGUCGUAUUCCAGUUCUUGAUGUAGCUGUGAUCAUUGCUUCUGGAUUUAUGAUAUUAUUUGUAUAUAUGUUUAUAAUACCGAGUUCCAUGAGGAGAGAGACACUGGAGAUGUAUGAUGUAUGAUGAUCGUGUUGAGCUACAUGGGGUUAUACCUUGCAAAACGAAUACCAAGAAAACAUUUUUGGGCCAAAUUUAGUAUUUUGUUUAUUAUGGUUCAUGUUCUUAUUGGCAUUGUCCGACUCCUUGCUGUUCAUCUUGUUUUUAACGGUGUUUUACUUAUAAAUUAUACUGUUGUUCUUGUUUGUGAUGUUGCGGUUCUUGCUGUUUUUGUUUUCGCUGUUGUUAUAAUAAUUGUUUCGACUAGAUUUUUCAAAGUAUUGUUUUCGACAUGAUGAUAAAUUUUUACGCUCAUACUUUUCUAAUCAUCUCUUAUAAAAGUGUUUUUUUUCUACUUUUUCUCCUACUACCGCUGUGUUUUUUCAGUCCUUGUGUGGAUUUUAAUGUUGUUGUUUUGAUUUUUUGGAUGCUGUGCUCGAUCCUGUUGAUGCUAUUUUUUUGCUGUAAAAUUAUUGUUUUUGCUGUAAUUGAUUUAC